AUGCUGAGGCGGAAUGUUGGUUUGUUCUUAAUCCCCCUCGUCGAGAUUCACCACCUCGCCUUCAACCGCCUUCUGUCAUCGCCGCCUCCCGCCAGAAAAAGUUUGCCCUUCCUGGCGCAAGCUCCAAAGUUCCUCUCAAAGCACUCGAACCGGAUGGCGAACAACGCAGAACAGUCAGUCCCCGUCGAGACCCGCGCCGCUGGGUUUCUCGUGUACAGGGUCGACGAGAACAUUGAGGCGCCGGAGCCGAGCAAAAUUCAGUUUCUCAUGAUGAAAGCGUCCUACGAACCCUUCCACUGGACACCGCCAAAAGGCCACGUCGACGGCGCAGAGAGCCCGUUGGAAACGGCGCUGAGAGAAACGCGAGAGGAAGCAGGAUAUGCCGAGCGCGACCUCGUCGUUGACCCCCAUUUCGAAAGAAGACUGCACUACGUAGCACGCGGGAAGCAAAAGGAAACGAUUUACUACCUUGCUCGCCUGCAAGACUCUUCCAAGGCGGUCACCCUAUCUGACGAACAUACAGAAGCGCGGUGGUUGAGUGCCGAAGACGCAGCAGCUCUUGGCGGUUUCGAGGACAUGGCCAACCUCCUGCGAGACGCUGACGGGUUCAUUCGAAGUUCGAUGAAGAACGGCAACCGGCAGAGUUGA